AGAUAAAACCUUUUUGUAAUAUUUCAUUCAUAAAUGAUGAAUAUGGAGUUAUUGGGUACUGUUCAGUUUGUGAAGACUGAAUUUGUGAGUGAUAAAUCAUGCACCCCUGAGUCCUCAAGUGAUACUGUUGAUGCCUUAUUUUCUGGUGAGGUUAAAACUGAAUCUAUAUCUGUCUCUGCCUUGGAUGAUGGUGAUGACCUGCAAGCUUCCAAUGUUAUUCAUACUAAAGUGAUCAGUUUACCUGAGCUGCAUAAACCAUCUCAUUUUAUGAAAGUGUGUAAGAGCCCAAAUAACCGGGUUCAACACUAUCGAACAGCAUGGGAGAGAAACCCAUUGUUUUCCAUGUGGUUAACACGGGGAAGAAAUAGCCGUAGGGCCAAAUGUCGUGCAUGCAACUGUGAGAUGAGCUCUGACAUCACUGUGCUCAGAUACCAUGCACGAAGUAAAAAGCACAUGAGGUCCAUGAAAGCCAUUUAUGGAGAAGUGACUGCAGUCAUUGAGUGUGGAGCCGAGCCUGUCAGAAAAGGCUUCUAUAAUCAAGACUGGGAGGAGGACAUUCGCUACAGUAGCUGGAUAGCACCUGGUAAAACCCCAGCAUUUGCAUACUGUAAACUUUGUAGAAAACAAAUUCCUGCAGAUUCUGCAGCCCUGAGAGGUCAUUUAUCAUCUUAUAAGCACAUGAAAUCUGCAGAAUAUGAUGAUCAGAUCAGGAGAAUAUCAUCUUUGGAGUCUGAGAGCAUAUCAAUAGAGGCAGCUGAGACUGAUGACAGUGUGUUGGUGCAUGAGAUCAAGCACAGUGAGUGUCAGGACACAGCAGUGCUGGAGCAGAGCUUCGAGCAGCUCGUGCAGCCAGCCCUUGUUGUUGUUAAGGACGACCGACAUGAACCACUUGAGAGACUCUCUUUCCUCAUUGGUAAAUUCCUUCUUAAAGGAGAGAAGAUGCUUAAUGCCGUGUGUGGCAAGUGUCAGUGUGUGUUGCUUGAGGACCGCAAGAAGCAGACUCACUGCGUGGGCUGUCAGUACGGUCUUAUGGACGAAAUUUUGGCGCCACAGUCAGCCAAUAAAAUCAAGGGACAGUCUACACUAGUGAAACCCUGGACCAAGUCAGCGUUGGCUGACCAUGUGCUUUUCGACGAAGAACCUGAAAGUGACGUCACUGAGAUUCACAUUUCUGAAGUUACAAGUAGUUCUUCAUUUGCUGAUGAAUCUGCAACGCUCUGUGAUACUCAAACUGAGGAGAGCGACUGCCUGAGCCUGGACCUGAGACGUGAAGUAGAGGGACUGGUCGGCACGCUGCGGUCGCGGCUCAGCUUCCUCACCGACGAACUCAACGCUGCUGAUGAUAUCGAUGACUGCCUUGAGUGCCUGGACAAGACCAUCACGGCCAUCAGUAAACUCAAGAACCUUGCCAACAUUUCUUCGUGAUUAAUGUGAAAGAUUUUAUUGACAACGUUUUUUGAUAUAAGAUAAAUCGAAAUAAUUACCGACGAACUCUACGCUGCUGACGACAUCGAUGACUGUCUUGAGUGCCUGGACAAGACCAUCACGGCCAUCAGCAAGCUCAAGAACCUCGCCAACAUUUCCUCGUGAUAAGAAAGUGAAAGUUUUUAUUGACGUUUGUUGAUAUAAGAUAAAUCGAAAUAAUUACCGACGAACUCAACGCUGCUGGCGACAUCGAUGACUGCCUUGACAAGACCAUUUCGGCCAUCAGUAAGCUCAAGAACCUCGCUAACAUUUCUUCGUGAUUAGAAAGUGAAAGUUCUUAUUGACAACGUUUGUUGAUAUAAGAUAAAUCGAAAUAAUUACGGACGAACUCAACGCUGCUGACGACAUCGAUGACUGCCUUGACAAGACCAUCACGGCCAUCAGCAAGCUCAAGAACCUCGCCAACAUUUCCUCAUGAUUAGAAAGUGAAAAUUUUUAUUGACAACGUCUGUUGAUAUAAGAUAAAUCAUAGCUGAAGGAAAAUACUGUGCCAUAGUAAAGGAAAACUCCGCCUUUAGAAUUUAGCACAAUGUAUAAUUCUGCAAUUGAUGUCAAUGAAAGAAGUUCUCCAUACGAAUGAAUGAAAUUUAUUUAAGUUAUUCUUGAUGCUGAAACUAGUCAAGUUUUUCGAAGCUAUCCUGCACUGCAUCAUAUUGUUGCCUGUCCCAUGCGAGCCGCCGUGUACUGUGCCGUUUUAAUUUCCUUUACUCACUUGUUCAUUUUUCACCUUACUUAGAUUGCAGUACAUUUUACAUUAUAUAAAAAACAUAAACCUAGCAUAUUGUGCUCAAAAAUUACUGAUGCGUCGUUAUACUGCAACUUUUGAAAUCUCUUCGUUACCGACGACGCCGAAGAACAAAACGUGCUGUAGAUUUCUUUUAAACGCUAUAAUUUGCUCGCUUUUGAUAAUUCUUUUCGUCACUCAAUGAUUUAUGCUCAUAAAUCAGUUGCAUUAAAAAUAUUUACGGUGCAUCUUAUGAGUUAUCUUUUCGUGAAUA